GCGGUGUGUGUGUGUGUUAAUGAAAGUGGUAUUAGUACAGUAGUGAGUGUGCAUGCGUGCUCUGCUUUCUCUCCGUGCGCUGUGUGUGUGUUUGUGUGUGGGCGGAUGUCCACUCUGCAGGUUAAUUAGGCUGCUGAGGUAAGGGUGUAAGCAGAGGCUGAGGGUAAGAAUGUGAUCCAGCUCCAGGUAACUUUAUCAUCAGCCACAGCCUGGCUUCACUCUAUAUAAGCUCACCUGCACACUACGCACACUGCUCACACUCACUUCUGCUGCGGCCAGACCACCAGGAGACUCCACAGCCGCCUAACAUGUCACUCACUGAUAUCCUCUCUGCUGAAGCCAUUGAGAAUGCUGUCAAGGACUGCCAAGCUCCAGACUCCUUCAGUUACAAGAAGUUUUUCCAGCUCUGUGGCCUGACCCAGAAAACCCCCCAAGAGGUCAAGGAUGUGUUCCGCAUCUUAGACGAUGACAACAGCGGAUUUAUUGAAGAGUCCGAGCUGAAGUUCUUCCUGCAGCGGUUUGUCCCGGGGGCACGGACUCUGACAGAGAAGGAGACUAAAAGCUUAAUUUCAGCUGCAGAUGAUGACAGUGAUGGCAGAAUUGGAGUAGAGGAGUUCCAGACUAUGGUCCUGUCCUAAAAGAUGCCCUCCAACACUGCGAUUCUACUCUUCCACUUGCAGCCACGUGCACUGUGGCUUUGUCUAUCCUGCUGCUAUUAAUCUCUGAAAUAUUUUUCAAACACCAACAUUUGCGCACAGUAAUUUUUAUUUGCCUCAUGAGUUUGUGUCACAUGUCUGUGCUGCUGUUCCAGUGCUUACCCCACAUGGUCAAGGACAAAACUGUUCAGGGAAAUAAAUAAAGUCACUUUAACUGCA